GGGGCCGGACCUGUGACGGAGCCGGGCCCUUGCUUGGCGGCCGCGCCUUCCUCGCAUUCCCUCAGAGAGCGCCGCUCGGAGCGGAGUCGCGUUGACUGGCCAGAGUCCGCGAGCCGCCCCCGGCCCCCGCACCCCGCCGCUUUCCUCAGGCCCGGACGCUUAAUCCCUUUUGACGCUUUAAGACCAUUCCUUGUUCAGAAUGUCUCUACACCAGUUCUUACUAGAGCCAAUAACCUGUCACGCCUGGAACAGGGACCGAACUCAGAUUGCCAUUAGCCCUAAUAAUCAUGAAGUUCACAUCUAUAAGAAGAGUGGGAACCAGUGGGUGAAAGCUCAUGAGUUGAAAGAGCACAAUGGACACAUCACAGGCAUUGACUGGGCCCCCAAGAGUGACCGCAUUGUCACUUGUGGUGCUGACCGUAACGCUUACGUCUGGAGUCAGAAGGACGGAGUGUGGAAGCCAACCCUGGUGAUUUUGAGGAUCAACCGAGCAGCCACCUUUGUGAAGUGGUCUCCUUUGGAGAACAAAUUUGCCGUUGGAAGUGGAGCUCGACUCAUAUCUGUAUGCUACUUUGAAUCUGAAAAUGACUGGUGGGUGAGCAAGCACAUUAAGAAGCCCAUUCGCUCCACUGUCCUUAGCCUAGAUUGGCACCCAAACAAUGUUUUGCUUGCAGCUGGAUCCUGUGAUUUCAAAUGCAGAGUGUUUUCAGCUUACAUUAAGGAAGUGGAUGAGAAACCGGCCAGCACACCCUGGGGAUCCAAAAUGCCCUUUGGGCAGCUGAUGGCUGAAUUUGGUGGUGCAGGAAGUGGUGGUUGGGUCCACAGCGUCAGUUUUUCCGCCAGUGGCAACCGCCUGGCCUGGGUCAGCCAUGAUAGCACUGUGUCGGUUGCAGAUGCCUCCAAAAACAUGAUGAUCUCGCAGUUGAAAACAGAAUUCCUCCCAUUGCUGAGUGUGUCGUUCGUCUCGGAGAACAGUGUGGUUGCUGCUGGCCAUGAUUGCUGCCCGAUGCUCUUCAACUGUGACGACCGUGGUACCCUCACCUUUGUCUCCAAGCUGGACAUUCCCAAGCAGAGCAUACAACGCAAUAUUUCGGCCAUGGAACGCUUCCGCAACAUGGACAAGAGAGCCACUACAGAGGACCGCAACACUGCUCUGGAGACGCUGCAUCAGAACAGCAUCACCCAAGUGUCUAUUUAUGAGGUGGACAAACGAGAUUGCCGCAAGUUCUGCACCACUGGUAUUGAUGGAGCAAUGACCAUCUGGGACUUCAAGACAUUAGAGUCCUCGAUCCAGGGACUGCGGAUCAUGUGAAUCUGGCUCUCUGUUCUCUAGCAAGACAACUCGUUCUGGCACCUGCACAGACUUGAAAAGGGAUGGUGAAGAUAGGUCACUUUUUGAAGCACUGAGAAAAUGACGACUUGGUGGAUUUUUUUUUCCUUUUCCUUUUCACCCCCCCCCCAAUUUUGGUGAAAUGUGUUGGUUUGAAAAUCAGCUGUGAUUGUGGUAUAUAUUUGGCUUUGUUUUUAUUAUUAUUAUUGGUUGUUUCAUUCCAUUCUUUGCCAAAGCUGCUCCUUAAAAUAGUUUAUUGCAGGAAGUAUGAAUCACUAACUUAAAAGGGGAAUUUUGUGUAAACAUGUCUGCUAGAAAAUAAAAUUUUAAAC